AUGUCGAAUUCUAUUAAAACGCGCGAUUCCGCUCUCAAUGCCAUUAAACGGUAUAUGGCAAAAAGUAUUGAUGAGGCAUUCACUAUGGAUGCAGAGAAUAUUGCAAGCUACCUUCAGUUAUUGAGUGAACAGUGGGUUCGUUUUAACGUUGCUCAAGACGCUGUAGAAAUUACGUGUGGUGCCGAUGUUAUUGAAAUUGAAGAAAAUGUGCGUAUCCAAGCCGAAACUUGGUACUCUACAGCUUCAGCUAACUUUAGCCGCGUGAAAAAUUGUCGUACUAAUUCGCAAGAUAGCUCCACAAAGGCAUCUGUGUCCACGGUUAUACGUUUACCGAAAAUGGAGUUGCCCACAUUCUCCGGUGACUCUACAGAAUGGAUUGGUUUUUUCGACGCGUUUUCUUCGUUAGUUGAUAAUAACUCUGCAUUAUCAGAUGGACAAAAGUUGCACUAUCUCCGAAGCUGCUUGAAAGGUGACGCGUUGAAAAUUAUCAGUGGUUUUAAAAUAUGUGACGCAAAUUACGUUGAAGCUUGGGGUCUAUUAACAUCGCGGUAUAAGGUUAUUCGUGUAAUUGUGGAAUCUCACCUUCGCGCGUUGGCUGAAAUUAAAAGAGCUACGCAUGACAAUGCUGACGCAAUCAAAGGUGUAAUUGAUGCGUUCCAACAGCAUAUUCGCGAGCUUAAAGCGUUGGGUCGUCCGAUUGAGUUUUGGGAUGAUUGGUUGGUACAUGAGGUCGUCAGUAAGUUGGCAUUCGAAACGCGUAAGCAGUGGGAGUUAUCGCUCGUUAGUGAUGAUCCUCCAUCUUUUGAGCAACUAAUAACAUUUUUAGAGAUAAGAUGCCGAUCGUUAUCGAUGUUUUCGUCGUCAACAACAUCAGUACCAAUUAAGGUUAAAACUGCAUCAGCAAGCAAGUCGACAAAUGUGUUCCACACGGUAUCAAAACAAAGUAACGUGUGUGCAUAUUGUAAUGGACCUCAUAAAAUUUACAGUUGUGAAAAAUUUCGUGAAUUGGACUUGUCUACAAAAUCACAGUUCGUGAAGCAAGGUCGCAUAUGCUUCAACUGCUUAAGUUUAGGUCACUAUAAAGACCGUUGUAAUAGUGCUUCCACUUGCCGCAUGUGUAAACAACGUCAUCACACUCUGUUGCACGGUGCUUUGCAGUCAACGACCGUUACCGCAGUGAACAAUUACGCGACGCAUUCGUUAUGCGCUGCUGACGCCACAUCAAAGGUAAGCGCAAAAGCUUUUGAACUUCCAGCAAACGUCGACGUUCCACGCGUUUCUUCAUGCUUGAACUCGAGCUCCAAUCCACCCAUAGCUGUAGAAAGAGUUGUGCUGUUAUCCACCGCAUUAGUGAAGGUACGCGACUGUUCUGGUAAUUGGCAGCCCGCACGUGCACUUUUCGAUUCUGGAUCACAUGCUUCCUUUGUAACCGAAGCGUGUGUGCAACGCUUAGGCCUGCCGCGAUCAACAUCUGAAGUUAUCAUUACUGGAAUUGGGUCAGCGCAAGGAGGACGAGCUAGAGGUGAAGUAUCACUUUCUCUUUCUUCUUUCUCUACAAAUCAAUGCUUUACUGUCAAAACGUUAAUUCUGUCUAAAAUUACAAGCGACUUGCCAACACAGACUAUAGCUACUUCAUCGUGGCCACAUAUCCGAGGUUUGUUUUUAGCCGAUCCCCAUUUUAUGAAGCCUGGACGGGUCGAUAUAUUGAUUGGAAUGGACGUUAUGGAUCAACUGAUCUGUACAGAACUUCGUAAGGGUCCAUCUGGAGCUCCUAUGGCUCAACUGACGGUCUUUGGGUGGACUCUGUUUGGAAGCGUGAAUGGAUCUGAGUCUGAUAUGCCACGCUUACAGUCGUUACAUUGCGAUGUUCAUUUGGAUCGAGCAUUGAACAAGUUAUGGGAGUUAGAGGAAGCUCCGCAAAAAACGUAUCUUACGCAUGAGGAGCGUUACUGUGAAGACCAUUUUGAAACAACGCAUCGAAGGGAACCUAACGGACGGUUUGUCGUCGAAUUGCCGCUGAAGCCCGAUGUAGCUCUGGGAGAGUCGCGAAACUUUGCUAUCCGGAAUUUGUUACGACUUGAAAGAAGACUCGCUUGUGACUCCGAUCUUCGUUUACGCUACAAUGAAUUCAUGAAUGAACUUAUUGACAUGAAACAUAUGCAGGUCACGUCAGAGACUAUGAAUCCAACGUAUUAUAUGCCUCAUCAUCCUGUUUUAAAGGAAAGUAGUACCACGACCAAAUUGAGGGUUGUAUUUAACGCGUCCGCAAAAUCAACUUCCGGAAAUUCGCUGAAUGACGCAUUAUUUAUAGGACCUCAAUUGCAGGAAGAUUUAUACUCCAUCUUACUUCGCUUUAGAACACACCGCUAUGCUGUAACAGCAGAUGUCGCCAAAAUGUAUCGUCAAAUCUGUGUAUCCUUAAAACACGCCGAUUUGCAACGCAUCGUAUGGCGUAGCCACCCAUCCCUGCCUAUCCAAGAUUUUCGCAUGGUUCGCGUAACGUACGGAGUGGCAGCUGCGUCUCAUCUAGCUGUCCGAUCACUUCAACAGACGGCAAGAGAUUCGUCGAAUGGUUGUGCUAGGGCUGUUAGUGUUAUUCUCAAGGAUUUUUACAUGGAUGAUCUACUUACUGGUGCAUCUAGUAAAGAAGAACUUCGAUUGUUGCAGCAAAAUAUUUCCGAAAUAUUGAGGGAAGGGGGGUUUGAACUUCGUAAGUGGGCAUCGAAUUGCGCUGAACUAAUCGCAAGCAUUUCCAAUGCAUCUACGAACAUAUCACAUUAUAUUGUCGACGAUAAGGAUGUUCACGCUUUAGGUCUUAUCUGGAACACAGAAGGAGACUACCUCACGUUUACUAUUAACUUGAGGGAACCGCCAGUUAAGUUGACCAAGCGUAUAUUUCUAUCAGAUGCAAGUACGCUCUUCGAUCCUCUGGGCCUACUUGCUCCCGCUACUAUAAAUUCAAAAAUUUGGUUUCAAGACAUAUGGCGCACUAAGGUAGGUUGGGAUGAUAUCAUUCCUGAGUCUAUCGCAACGAAGUGGUUGGAGCAUCGCAUAGAGCUCAAGCAAUUGGCACAUUUGAAGGUGAACCGUUGGUUUGGUACUGAAGUAGCUGGGUCAUUUACGCAAUUGCACGUAUUCGCAGACGCGUCCGAGCGCGCUUACGCCGCCGUCUUGUAUGCACGAACAACACAAAGCGACGGUAGCAUUACAGUGUCAUUAAUUUCGUCGAAAACCAAAGUAGCUCCGCUUAAGCCGACAACGUUGCCACGUCUUGAAUUAUGCGCCGCUCAUCUUGCUGCUAAACUAGUGCGAAGCGUGCUGCACUGCUGGUCUGAAAUCCGUUAUCCGCUUUUCGCUUGGACUGAUUCUACUAUAACAUUGGCAUGGUUACAAGCUCACCCCAGCAGAUGGGUGACAUUUAUAGCCAACCGCGUAGCUGAUAUUCAAGAAGUUUUGCCUCCCGAAUGUUGGAACCACGUUCGUUCUGAACAGAAUCCUGCAGAUUGUGCUUCAAGAGGUAUAACUCCCUCCGAAUUAUUACGUCAUCAAUUAUGGUGGGCUGGUCCUAUUUUCCUGAAAAGCACUGAACAAUUAUGGAAGCAGAAAAAAUCUAAAGAGCACACUACAGAGCUGGGCAUACGAAAUAGUAUUCGUGCUCAUGUGACUAAUUCUACAGAUUAUUGGUCCGUGAUGACAAAAUACUCAUCGUAUUCUAAGCUGCGUCGAGUUAUUUCCUACGUUUUACGCUUUUUGACUAACAUUCGGGCUAACAGACGGCUUAAUGUUAUAAAGCGUUUUGGUACACCGAGUUGCCAAGAGUUAUUUGAAGCUGAACUUCGCCUAAUAAGCGCUAAAAGACCAAUCCCACUUCGCAGUAGUCUUUUGCGUCUGCAGCCCUUUCUGGAUGAGACUUGUGUUCUACGUGUUGGAGGAAGAAUAAAAAAUGAUGAAGUCGCUCCAGAUGUUAAGCAUCCCAUUAUCUUGCCUAAGAAUUGUCCGCUUGCUAAGUUAAUAAUCUGCGAAAUACACAAGGUCACUUUGCACGCUGGGCCCCGCAUUAUGCAAACUGUCUUGCAACGUCGUUAUUGGGUUAUCGGCGCUCGUAGCUUGAUCCGUAAUAUAUACCAUAAGUGCGUGAAAUGCACUUAUUUGAACCGCAAUCUUACCACACAAGUCAUGGGUGAUCUACCUGUCAUUCGCACAACCUACGCCCGUUGUUUUACUCACACUGCUGUUGACUUCGCUGGACCUUACCUCUACAAAUUCACCCAAGGAAGAGGAGCUAAGGCUACCAAAGGCUACAUCUGUUCGUUCAUUUGUAUGUGCACUGGUGCGAUGCAUCUCGAAUUUGUUGGUGACCUGUCAACACCAGCUUUCCUAAAUGCGUUUAAAAGGUUCACAAAUCGUCGAGGUUUUUGUAAGGUCAUGACAUCAGAUAACGGUACAAAUUUCGUUGGAGCCGAGAAGGAGUUGCGCAUUGCAUUUCAACAGUGCAUGGCUGAUAUUAAACUUCGCUCUUUCUUUGCGGACUCGAAUAUCGAAUGGCGAUUUAAUCCACCGGCUGCACCCCAUAUGGGAGGUUACUGGGAGACCGGAGUCAAACGUGUUAAGUAUCAUUUAAAACGCGUAUUAGGAGAAGUUCCACUAUCAUACGAAGAGUUCAACACACUUUUGACUGAAAUAGAAGCUUGCGUAAACUCUCGCCCACUCUGUGACAACUCUGAAGCUGCUGGUGACUUAGAAGUUUUAACUCCCGGACAUUUCAUAGUCGGUGAACCGCUUAAGUCAAUACCGGAACCUGAGGGUCAAGGGUUUCGUGGAAAUCUUCGACAGCGAUGGCAAGCAAUUUCUGCCAUGAGACAACAUUUCUGGCGUCGUUGGAGAGACGAGUACCUCGUGAGCUUACAACGUCGCACUAAAUGGUUUCGUUCUUCACGCAACAUUGAAGAAGGGGAUGUGGUUGCUGUAUUCAACGAACCUAAUCCUCCGACGAAGUGGACGAUUGCACGAGUGAUCAAAUGCCAUCAUGGUACCGAUGGACGCGUAAGAGUAGUUACGUUGAAAACACCGCAUGGCGAAUUGAUUCGCCCUAUAGUCAAACUUUGCCUUUUGCCAACGAAAGGAGAUUUAUUUCAUGAAGAAACUAAUAACUUAUCGUAA